UGCAUCAUUAUUCAUUUGUGAAUUGAACGUCAGUCGGAGAAGAUGUUCGUGUAGUGAAACACUUUAUCGUUUGUAUUAUAUAAGAAAUUUUCUCUUUUGUUGGAAUUGACACGUUGACACUAAAUCUUUCUCAAAUUUCUUCUUUCUUGUUUAUUACACACUAAAUAUUUUAACAUUUGUAAUUAGAACUAUUUAUUUAAGAAAGUGUAUAGUAUGCUGGGUCUAUCUCUCUUUGUCUAUGGUUUUAUUCUGCUCGAUAUUCUGAAGUAGUAGUUUGGCAGAGUACUAUUGCUAGACCGCAAGAUUCUAGAUUUACGAUCUGAGACCCAAAUAUUUUUGGCAAAAUGGUUGAGAAUAAUCCAAAAAACUUUACUAUAGAAAAUGGCAUUUAUAAGGGACUAGUGAAGCAUAAUUUGGGCAAUUAUAAAAGUCUUGGAGAAUUGAUGUGGACUAGCAUUAAAAGUAAUAGGGAUAAAAUCGCACAGUUAGAUGCACGUACUGAAGAAACGGUCUCAUAUGCGGAGCUACAAGAUAAAAUUGUGAGAUGUGCCUUGUGGCUACAAAAACAAGGAAUUAAGUCUGGCGACGUUAUCAGUGUAUGCACGGGCAAUCACCUUAAUUCCAUCGUGCCUUGUCUUUCAGCAACUUAUAUUAAUGCAAUUUUCAAUCCAUGGUACGAGAACAUGGACUUGCAAACUACACUGCACUAUUUGGAAAUAACGUCGCCAAAAAUGAUCUUCUGCAGUGAGAAAUCUGUAGAUGUCGUCUUAAGCGCAAUAAAAGCCAAGAAUUUCAAAUCCAUUGUAGUGGUUUUUGGCAAGCAUAUUAGCGCGACUUCGUUCUCCGAUAUCUUGAAAAAUUGCAAUGAUGCGGAAGCUGCCAAUUUCUGUUAUAUCAAACUCGACAAUAUUAAGCAGACAGCAUGUAUUAUGCAUUCGUCGGGUACUACGGGGAUGCCAAAGGGCAUCGAGCUAUCUAACUACGCUAUGUUAACUUUCAGCCAAACAAAUAAUAUGAACGUGACUAACGCACCAUCACUUUGGUACUCCAGUCUUUAUUGGAUGACUGGAAUAAUAAUGAACUUCUGUGGAAUUGUACAAGGUUUCAAAGCAAUCCUUUACCCAGAAUUUGACGAGGAAAUGACUUGCCGAUUAAUCGAAAAAUACAAAAUACCAUAUGUUUUUCUUAGCACAAGUAUGAUUACUCGGUUAUGCAGAUCAAGUUAUAUAAAGAAAUAUUCAUUAUCAUCUUUAAAAGUCAUAACAUGUGGUGGUACAUCACUUAAGUCUAAAGUGCAAGAAGAAUUGAGACGUACAUUGCCACAUGUCCAAAUAUUGCAAUGUUACGGAAUGACGGAACUCAGUGAUGUCGGAGCGAUGCAACUAGCACAUCAUAAAAACGGAUCUUGCGGAACAGUAGUCAAGAAUGCUCAAAUAAAAAUUGUGGAUCCAGAAAGUGAGAGAAUACUUGGUCCAAAUCAGCCAGGAGAAAUAUGUAUAAAACUUCCAAGCAUAAUGACUGGUUAUUAUAGAAAUCCUGAAGCGACAAAGAACGCGAUAGAUAAGGAAGGAUGGAUGCAUUCAGGUGAUAUUGCUUAUAUAGAUAAAGAUGGAGAAUUGUUCAUUAUAGAUAGAAUAAAAGAACUUAUAAAAUACCGAGGCUUUCAAGUUUCUCCUGGAGAAAUCGAGAAUGUUUUAUUAUCGCAUCCAGCAGUGUCGGAAGUUGCAGUAGUAGGAGUACCACAUGCAAUAGAUGACGAACAUCCUCUAGCUUUUAUUAAUAAACAGCCUGGUGCCAAGGUUACGGAACAAGAAUUGAUAGAUUUUGUAGCAAAGAAUAUGAUGGACAAUUGUAAACUACGUGCAGGAGUAAUAUUUUUGGAUCGUUUUCCAUAUACGGGUUCAGGAAAAAUUUCGAAAAAAGAAUUGAAAGAAAUGGCAAAAAAACUUUUAAAUAAUAAUGACUAAUUAAUUAUAUACUUUGCAUAAUAAUAUAAAAUUUAUAAACAUCUCUAAACGUGCAUUACUUUAGAAUAAUAAAUACUUUAAAGUAAAUGUUAAUAAAUAUUAGUAAUGAAUUAUCUAGUAUGGAUACUGUCAUGUAAUUAUUAUUAUUAAAAAAUAUUUUAUUUUAUAAUAGAAAAAUAUUGAUAUGUGAAAACACAAUCUACAAAUAAUUAAUAUAAGUGUUAUUUAAUCAAGAUAUUAGUUAUUGCUAUUUUCUAAGUUAUUGCUGUAUUUAUAUACAUUUUUAAGUUCAUAUAAACGAAAUCAUUAAAUAAAUUUGGUUUUUUUAACACACUUGUAAGUUGAACAAAAAUAGUAAUAUUGCAAUAUUAAAUUAAAUUAAUUUAAUAACAAUAAUAAUACUAGCAAGCAUAUAUUAUCCAUUCAAAAAA